UCGUAAUGUUACUUCGAUAUCGUUUCCUGUGAUUCGGUUAACUCUUAACAGUAAUUUUAAAAAUAAUUUAGUAACAUCCUAUUAAUUUUAAUUAUAAGUUAGAAAUUUAAGAAUAUUUAGCUUAUUUUAGAUUAUAGUAAUAAUUUUUGUUGUCUAUUUGAUAAAUAUCUCGUGGAAUUUAUUUAUCUUUUAAAAAUGAAUUCUUCAAAUUGUGAUAGUGAUACUAGUCCAAGCCUACUUGGAAAAUUUAGAUAUGCCCAGAAACCAAGAUUUAGUUAUGAGGAAGCUGCAUCUAGGUCUAAUGAUAUUGAAGAAAGUCCAAUUAAAAAAGUUAAAAAUAGCAGAUUACAAACUAUUAUAAUAUCAUCAGAUGAAGAAACUGAUCAUAAAUCAAUUAAUGGGGAUGUGUCUCAUUUAAUUGAGGAAAUAGACCAUGAUGAUAUAUCCAAUGCUCAUUCAAUAUCUGAUGAUAGUAAUGAUGGUCCUAAUAAUGGAGUUAGUUUGCACAUAGUCAAUUUAAAAAAUUUUAAUUCUUUUGUUAAUAAAAAAGAAGAAAAAAAAUCUGAAGAAGGUGAUGCUUUGUCUAAUGUUACGCUUUCUGGUGUUAGAAGUUUAAAUCCACAAUUGGUUAAACAUGUUCCUACUCCUGUUAUUAUGCCUUCUAGAAAACGUAUCAAACCUCAAGGAAAUAUUAAAAGGAAGCGUAUUAAAACUACAUGUGGUGAUAGUGACACAGAUGAAGAUUGUGAUAAUGAUUAUGAUGAUGAAAAAAAUCUAGUAAAAGACAGCAGUGCUGAAAUGAGACAGCAAGCAUUAGAGUUGUUAAAUAAUUCUUCAGAAGCUGAAAUGAAAUUGGUUAAAGGAAUGACUUCAAAAAAGUUUGAAGCUCUAUUAGAAUUAAGACCAUUUGUUAAUUGGUUUGAUGCAAAAACCAAAUUAAACAAUUCUAAAGUAUUAGGUGAUCAAACUUUACAAAAUGUAAUGCAUAUGGUAAAUUGUCAAGAAAUAGUUACACAACUUAUGAAAAAAUGUGAAAAACUUUCCUUAAAAAAUGGUCAUACAAUAACAACUAGUAAUAUGUUAAUCAAAACACAACCUGCCUCAUUAAAUAAAGAUUUACAAUUGGCUGGUUAUCAAAUGAUUGGUUUGAAUUGGCUUCUAUUGAUGAAUUCUCAAAAACUGAAUAUGAUGUUAGCUGAUGAAAUGGGCUUAGGUAAAACUGUCCAAAUAAUAGCCUUUAUAGCACAACUUAAAGAAACUGAACGUACUCAACCUGGAGUACCUCAAUUAGUUGUUGUACCAGCUUCAACAUUAGACAAUUGGUUUAAAGAGUUUGAGAGGUGGUGUCCUUCAAUAAAAGUUGAAAAAUAUCAUGGAUCAAUGGAUGAAAGAAGAUAUUUAAGAAGUGAGUGGAACAAAUAUGGUUUUGGUGAUAUAGAUGUUAUUCUUACAACAUAUAGCUGUGCCGCUAACUCUCUUGAAGAAAAAAAAAUGUUCAGGGUAAAGGAAUUCCAUUAUAUAAUUUAUGACGAGGCACACAAGUUAAAGAAUAUGACAUCAUUGACAUUUGAAACCUUUUCCAACUUUAAUGGAAAUUACAAAAUAUUAUUAACUGGUACACCACUUCAAAAUAAUUUACUUGAGCUGAUGUCAUUACUAAUAUUUCUUAUGCCCAAAAUGUUCCGUGGUAAAGUGGAUAAUAUAAAAUUUUUAUUUUCGAAAGGAACAAAAAACACUGGAUCUGAGUAUGAAAUGAAUCGUAUUGAACAGGCUAAACAAAUUAUAGCACCGUUUAUGUUAAGACGUUUGAAAUGUGAUGUUCUUAAGUCAUUGCCUGUGAAAACAGUUGUAGUAACUGAAAUCAAAAUGACUGAACACCAGAAAACUCGCUACAGUACAUUAGUUGAUGAAAUAAAAGAGGCUAGCAAAGAAAAAGAAACGUCUGAAAACAACCAUAUGAUGUGGGUAAUGAUGUUGAGAAAGUUAGCUAAUCAUCCACUGUUAUUACGUUACCAUUUUGAAGAUGAUAAAUUAUACAAAAUGGCUAAACUAUUGGCUGUUGAUCCAACAUAUAAACAGAAAAAUGAACAAUAUAUUGCUGAAGAUUUAUCAUUUUUAUCAGAUUUUGAUCUACAUAAAUUAUGUGCUGAUCAUAAAAGUCUACAUAAAUUAAAGUAUGACAUUCCUAUUGAAGUAUUCCUAAACUCAGGAAAAUUCAAGAAACUUGAUGAAUUAUUACCCGAUCUUAAGGAUAGAGGUCAUAGGGUAUUAAUUUUCAGUCAAUUUUUAUCUAUAUUGGACUUGCUCGAAAUAUACAUGUCACACUUUGGACAUACAUAUUUAAGACUUGAUGGUUCAACACAAGUUCAAGAAAGACAACUCAUGAUUGACUUAUACAACAUGGAUGAUAGUGUAUUUGUGUUCUUGUUAUCUACAAAAGCUGGUGGCUUAGGUAUAAAUUUAACAGCUGCAGAUACAGCAAUAUUUCAUGAUAUUGAUUAUAACCCUUAUAAUGAUAAGCAAGCUGAAGACCGGUGUCAUAGAGUUGGACAAACUAGGCCUGUUAAAGUCAUUAAACUUAUAAGUCAAGAUUCAAUUGAGCAAUCUAUGUAUAAAGUAGCCCAAGAGAAGUUAGAUCUCGAGCAACAAGUUACUGGAAGUGGAAAAGAUGAUGAAGAAGCCGAUAAAAAAACUAUGGCUCAAUUACUUAAGAAAUCACUAGGCAUUGAGGAUGUUAUAUGUUAAAAUGUAUGUAAUAAUUGACAUGAUGUUUUAAAACAUUUUUAUUAUACAUUUUGUUAUUUGUAAUAAUUAUUUUGUACAUAUAUACUAAAUAUUGUAUAUUGUUAAA